UGGGUCUAGUUGCAGUUUAGCUUUCUCGUAUAGAGUACAUGGAUGAUUGUCCAUGCGGCCUUCAUGGAUAACCUUUCGCAAUUACUGGUGGCAAGAGUCCAAAAACCCCUUACAGGGACGGUUGGGGAAAUUAUUGGCUGGACAGCAUGGUGGAUUAAAGAUUGUCGGGGAUAAAUCAGGAGCCCCACCCACGAGGCGUGAACCGCUCGGCUGGAGCUUUCCGUCGCUACACCGAGAAUUCUAGCGCAUGUUCUAGAUGGCUGACAGAAUGAUACCCUAGGUUUGGUAUGAUCACGCUCUUGUCCCUUGAAAGUGGUCAUAUGUUCCAGGUGGAGAAUAUUACACAUCGAAUUUCUUGGAUGUGAUGUUGGUGGCGGGCGGGUGAAUGGUUCGUAGAAGUCAAUACCGGACCUCUAAUUGGCGGGAUCGUCCAAGAGCACCAAGGCCAAUGGGAAUCCGUAACCGUACACAGAAGGAGCUUGGAAAAGACCAGCGGUGUUUCUGCGCGUCGCAUCGGAAGCUACGCUCAAAUCGGGGCCUCCGCUUCUUUCGAAAAUGCGGAGUGAAUCAUGAAUAGCUCCGGUGCAUCGGGUCAAGCAUCCACUCUUGCAUUUCUCGCGCGUUGGAGGCCCGAUGCAGCAGGGGAUUGGCUGUAUCGCGCUGUCUGUGAGAGCUCAAUCCGGCCAUUCUCAGCUUCGGCGGUACCGAUCAGGUGGAUAGUCCUGAUCCAUCGAAGCUCGAGUGGGGGAGAUGGAGCAGUACGCAGAUGUGACUAUCAAUCUGCGGGAGAUGCCUGUUGCAGCCUCAGGCAUCCGUAUUGGUCACCUGCUCACCGGGUACCCUUGCCCUAACGGCCCAUUUGGGGCGUGACUAUUGAGUUGGGGCUGAGGCUCAAAGGAAAAUCUCCGCCUACUCGAUUGGGAGGAAAGAGUCUGCCGGAUUUACUUCGCAAGCAAUACAACUACAACUGAGAGUUGAUAUACCACCUCCUCCAGCUCGUGUCUCCUUUUACUUGUACAAAGUCUCAUCAGCCUGUUAUAAUCAGCAUGGCCAUGAAUCAAGUUCCUGGUCAUAACAUUUACAUCGGCGGUAUCUUCUGCCUGAAGAACAAAGCGGCUCUAAGUCGAGCAGAUAUCACGCAUGUCGUUUCUGUGUUACGACUUACCCCCGCCGAGGAGACAUUUGCAUCUUAUCAACAUCUUUCCAUAGAUGUUGAUGAUGUCGAAGAUGAGAACCUCUUAGAGCACUUGCCUGCCGCUGUCAAGUUUAUACAAGCUGGGUUAGACGGCGGUGGCAGUGUUCUGGUGCACUGUGCUAUGGGCAAGUCCCGGUCCGCGACUGUGUGCAUUGCCUACAUGCUCCACCAACAGCCUGGCGCGCUCACACCGCAAUCUGCCCUCGAGAUUUUGAGGCAGUCCCGGCCACUCUGUGAACCGAAUGACGGUUUCAUGAAGCAAUUAGAGCUUUAUCAUGAAAUGGGCUGCCCAGAGGAUGUCAAGGAAAACCCAGUGUAUCAGCGCUGGCUCUACCACCGUGAUGUUGAGGAAAGUGUUGCGUGUGGCCGAGCUCCAGAAUUGAGGUCGGUGCGCUUUGAAGACGAGCUGCCCGUGCAGCCCAAGGAAGAUAAUACCGGCCGCUCAGUGGAGAUCAAGUGCCGCAAGUGCCGACGCACCCUUGCGACGACUCCAUUCAUUAUCAAUCACGAACAGGAUAAACAGAGGGCCGCUAGAUCGAGAAUACCCGCAAAUAUGGAAUGUGCGCAUGUGUUCCUCCAUCCGCUGAAGUGGAUGCGCCCUAGUCUAUUCCCCUCCUCAGUUGAAGAUGGCUUGGACCCUGAUGCCGAUUCAACCUACGACGAAUACUCCGCCGAUGCCCCCUUGUCAGGCCGCCUCACUUGUCCCAACUCAGGCUGUGGGGCGAACAUUGGUAAAUUUGCUUGGCAAGGCAUGCAAUGCAGCUGUGGCGGAUGGGUGGUGCCUGCGAUCGGGCUUGCUAAAGCGCGAGUGGACAUUGCCAGCCGAACGAAUGUAGCAGCACGGGGUCCAGGGGGACCAUCAGUCUUGGGUAUUCGUCUGCCUCCGGGGUUGCGGCCACCUGAGACUAAUGACACUGGCUCUGGACGUGGCAACCUUUGAUACACGACGUUUCUUAUUCAUGAACAGUGAUUAUAAACGAACAUUUAGUCGUAUCUAUAGAUACAGAUUCUACGAGCCAUGAAACACACUUUCAGAGAAUUGGUUCUCCACACUGUAGCUGACGAAUGCGAUUGAUCAAUGCAGCUCGCCACGCGAGGACCCU